GAUAGACAAGAUUGGGAGAUUAAAACUCAGUGAGAUAGUAACAUAAUAAACAUAUUAUUAAUAGAAUUUAUAAUAAUAAUAAUAAUAAUACAAAUAAUAGUAGCAUUGUUGACGACAAUAAUAAGAACGAGACGGCGAUAUUAAAUAUUCGUUAUGUACGUUGCACUUCAAGGCAUUUUUUAUUGAAUCUGUUGAUGGUGCUGGCACAUUGAAUAAAUAUUUAAACUUCUCAUCGAUCCAUUCAUUCAUCAUUUUUCACAUUAUUAUCAUCAUCAUCUUCUUCCUACCAUCGUCACCAACACCACCAUCUCGUAAUCAUCAUUAUCACCCUUUUCCAUUAUCAUCAUCAUCAUCAAGAUGAACGACAUUUUCUUAGAAGAAGCCACUUUCAAUCAAAUUUUGUGCGAUUCGUCAGACGACGAUCAUCAUCAUCAUCUCCACUAUCAUCACCAUCAUCAUUAUCUUCCUCCUCCUACCCAUCGUCAUCAUCACCAACAUCGAGAAGAUUCACCAUCAUCAUCGUCGUUAUCAUCGUCACCGUCAUCAUCGUACAAUCAUCACCACCAUCAUAUGCAAGAGUUGCUUAAUGAUGAUAGCAAUCACUACAAACGUCAUCAUCAUCAACAUCAUCGUUUGAUGAGAACCGGAAGUCCCAAUGUUAUCUGCUCAGAACUUCCGGAACACUGGAGGUCCAACAAACAACUGCGCUUCAAGUUCAAGGUCGUAAUACUAGGCAAGGUCAAAGAUGGAACCAUGGUAACACUUUCGGCUGCCAAUGAGAACAAUGAAAAGGCGGAGCUAAGAAAUUAUGCGGCCUAUGUGACCAAUCAGGUGGCAGUAUUCAAUGACCUGAGGUUCAUUGGCAGAAGCGGCAGAGGCAAGCACCUCCACAUAACGAUCACCAUCCACAGCGCGCCUGUCCAGGUAGCCAUGUACCUGAACGCUAUCAAAGUGACCAUCGAUGGACCGCGCAUGCCCAGAAGUGAAGAUAAUGAUGAUGAUGAUGAUGUUGAUGAUGAUGAUUAUAAUGAUGAUAAUAAUGAUGAUGAUAUAUAUAUGAUACUGACAAUAUGUGCAUCCACCUAUCGUAUUAAGAUUCAUUCUCGUAAUUGA